GCCACCGCGUGCUGCGCCGAAGGCCCGUGAAUGUCUCCUCUGUAAAAGAAAUGGUUUGCUCCGGUUUGUCUGAGAGGAUAACUUUGGUUUCUGUUGACUCUGUGUGCGUGUGUGUACAAAUGUAACCCGAGAGAGUGACUGUACUGUGACAGAGAUCAACAGGUGUUUGGCGCGGUCUCUCCAGUUGCUGCAAUUGCUCCAAUAUCGGUCCUCGAGUGUGCAGCGCCUCGUGGAUCAAGCGUUGUCACCUUGUCCGCGGGUUUGUUGAUGACACGUUAAAUCAAACAGAAACUAAAAUGUAACCACAGAAUGUUGAUAAAGUCAAGUGUGUGUUUUGACUGGGUAGGCGCGCGGGACGUCAUUUACAGGAAUUCACGCUUGUGAUAAGAGAAAAGCCAACAUCCAUGGAAACGCUUAUUCCAUUCAUUCUUCAAGUUGAGGGCGCCAUGGACCUGCUGAAAGAACUCAGAGGUUUCAACAUGACACUCAAACUUCUUCAGGAAACGAGGAUAGGCAUGUCCGUGAACGGGAUCAGGAAACACUGCACAGACGAGGAAGUCAUUGCCUUGGCAAAGGUCCUCAUCAAAGACUGGAAAAGACUCCUGGACUCUGGCUGCUCUGAGAAAUCAACUGAAAUGAAGAAUGGACUGGACUCCAGCACAACUGCAGUGUCUCCAAACAGCUCACCCUCCAAGACACAGAGUAGUCACAGGAGACUGGAUGUCAAACUCAAGAAUGACUCAAAUCUUGACAAAAAACACUUGGAUAAAAACAUAAAAGAGAAACAUAGCGAUGAGCACAAGAACAAAAAGAGACACGAGGAUGACCUCAGGGAUGUAAAGCACUUGGAGGAGCCACAAGAAAGCAGUAAAGAAAAGCAUUUAGAAGAAUCCAAGAAACAAAAAUCCGUGGAGGAUCAACACCUGGAGACAGACAACAAGAAACAGAAGCAUGUUCCAGACCUGCAGGGUGAAAAAUACAAGACAGAACCAAGGAAAGAAAGACCAUUAGAGGCACCAAAGAAGCCGAGACACCUUGAAGAACAUCAAAAGGGGAAGUACCACGAGGAGCACAAGAAGCACCGCAAUGACGCAAAGAAGGACAAGCUGAGGGAAGACGGCAGACAUGAGAGGCCGGCGAAUACACCGCAGCAAGAGAGACUGCAGAGUGAACCGCAGAGAGAGAAACCCACUGAUAUUCACAAACCAGUAUUUCAAAGGAGAGGAGUCUUAGAUAGCAGCAUUCUGUAUCCCACCCGGUUCCCCUCUCCUCCUCGACCUGCUCGACCUCCUCUCCUGAUCAAACGUCCCUCUUUGGAUGUGAAAAUAGAAAGGAAGGACGGUAAAGACUCUUCCUCCCGACAUACGCGUCCUCACGCCUCUCAACCUGCCUCUCCUCCGGCAAAACAACGACCUCUAGUCGAGGCAAAGAAUGAGAGGAAAGUUCCCCCGGACCCAAACGCUCCAAUAGCUCCACUCCCUCUUCACCUUCAUCCACCUCCACCAAGGUCAGGAUCUGCUCUUGUUCAGAUUUGUGUUUCCUCUCACCCUGAAGUGAUUCAGCUCAAACACGUCUCUUCAUUUAGAAAACAGCCUCCCGACCCCAAUGCUCCUCUUCCUCCGCUCCCUCUUCACCUUCACCCACCACCUCCUCCGAAGCGUCCCUCUCUAGAGGGGAAAAAGGACAGAGAGAGGUCUGGAUCAGAUGAGUGGUGCAAGUCUGAAAUCACUGCCUUGAGCAGGAAGGAGUCGCUGGACUCCAAACCUCCAUCACAGAAGAAACACACGGAUCACGUGAAGAAAGACAGGAAAGACUCAUCGGACAGCAAAGUCUCGAACAAAACCUCAGACGAAGUGAAACGAGAAAGGAAAGAUUCCUCUGAUGGUAAACAACCACCUCCCAAAAGGCCCAGCUUGGAUGUCAAGAAAGAAAAACACAGGAAGGACUCCUGUGACUCAAAGCCUGGACAACCUGUGAAACGUCCCUCAUCUGACUCCAAAGUGGACAGACGUGACUCCACUGAUGCAAAGAAAAGCUGUCCUCUACCAGCAAAGAAGCUAACGAAUGAAAGGAGGGACUCGCACAGCUCCAAGACCCCUCAGCCUGGACCUCCACAGAGGAAGCCCUCAACUGACAGCGUUGAAAGGAAAGGAAAGCUCGAGGCUCCUAAAACUCCCACUACUCCCACCAGCCCCAUGUCCCCCGGCUUCAGUUCUCCUGGAGGUCCACUGUCCCCACACCUGGCUACUGGAGACACCGUCAGGGACAAGUGCAUUGAGAUGCUGACAGCUGCCCUGCGCACGGACAAUGACUACAAAAUAUUUGGAGCCAACUGUGACGGCAUGGCAGCGGAGAUUGAAGAUCAUAUCUACCAGGAGAUAAAGGCCACCGAUAUGAAGUAUAAGAACAGAGUCCGCAGCCGCAUCAGCAACUUGAAGGACCCGAAGAACCCCGGGCUCCGCAAAAACGUCCUGGCCGGGAACAUUGACCUGAGCCGCAUCGCUGCCAUGUCUGCUGAGGAAAUGGCCAGUGACGAGCUGAAACAGCUGAGGAACGCCCUCACCCUGGAGGCCAUCAGGGAGCACCAGAUGGCCAAAACUGGUGGCACCUCCACUGACUUGCUGCAGUGCGGCAAGUGCAAGAAGAGGAACUGCACCUACAACCAGGUGCAGACACGCAGUGCUGAUGAGCCAAUGACCACAUUUGUCCUGUGUAAUGAAUGUGGUAACCGCUGGAAGUUCUGCUGAUGACCUUCCAGGUCAAACCACAUUUUUUUUGUUUGUUUGUUUUUUGAGCAUUUUGAACUGCUUAUUUUCUAUAAUGUGAGGCAAAGAGAGUUUAUAUAUAAUUGCAGCUUGGGAUUUGAGAACAGUAGCAUUCUUACGAUUUGUACUCGACUUUUGUAAGCAUGUACUAAUAAUAAGGGUUUGCUUUAUUGAGUUUUGAAGACUGAGCAUGAGUCAUCAAAUCACCCCAUUUAUAAUUAUCAUGGUGCUAUAAAUAUUGAAAGACAAUCAUGGUCCGGUUAAUAUACUGUGUCAUAGUACAGCUGUUUUGUUUGUAUAUAUAGAACCCCAACAAACUGCAUAAAUCAACAACUUUAAACAAAAUGUUUAAUAAAAACAUAAAUAAAAGUCUUACAAUGU